AUGCGUAGCGUUUCUUAUUUACAACGUUAUGCUUUAAUAGCUAAAUCAAAGAAUCUUUCUGUCUCUCUAUCAUCACAUAAAUAUCCACCAAUUGAAUAUCGUUGGUUUUACUCCCAUUCUCAGCGUCUUUCUCAUUCGAUCAAUACAAUUUUAAAUUCAUUAACUUUGUCUUCACGCGAUAUUCGUUCAUCACUCUAUCAUUUUCAUUUAAAAACAUCUAUAAAUUUAUUCUCCCAUCGUUCGCAUGCUAUCUCUUCGACUCGUCUAUUUAAAUAUUUUCUCAAACAAUGGCUCAAUCAUGUCCCAUAUCAAUAUAUUUUUGGAACAUGCGAAUUUUAUCGUCGAUUAUUUCAAGUGAAUAGACAUGUUCUUAUCCCGAGACCAGAUACAGAAUGUUUAAUUAACAGAGUACAAGAAUUGUAUCCAAAACAUGAAGAUCGAUCACUUCGUGUAUUAGACAUUGGCACGGGUAGUGGUUGUAUACCAAUCAUUCUUCAAUUAUUUUAUCCUCAAUGGUCAAUAUCUGCCUGCGAUAUUAGCUCAAAGGCUAUAAAAAUAGCUCGACUUAAUUCACGUUUAAAUUGUACACCACGUCAAAUUCAAUUUCGUCAAGCAGAUUUAUUUCAAGAUAAUUUUUAUCCAUUGAAACAAUUUGACCUUGUUGUAUCGAAUCCACCGUAUAUUACUCCAUCAGAACUAAGUGUAUGUGAUAAAUCAUUACAUUAUGAACCUCGACAAGCUCUAUUUGUUAAAGAUAAACAAGAUCCAUUUGGAUUUUAUCGAGAAAUAAUGAAUAAAUGUUCAAAUUAUUUAUUAAAACCAGAUGGUUAUUUAAUUAUGGAAUGUUCACAAUUUAAUGUCAAAGGAAUAUACGAAUUAUUUAAAUUGUUUCAGUUUAAAAAUGUUCAAGUUGAUUAUGAUUGGCAAUAUUUACCAAGAGUGAUUUAUGGACAAAAAUGA